AUGAAGACUUUAGAGUAUUACAGUGUAGUCUUAUAUCACUACUGUAAUAUCAAACCUUUUAGUAAAUAUUGCUGGAUUAUCUGUAAGCGAUUUCAUAUAUAUAAACCAUAUUUUACAAAUAAUACUGUACUACCUAGUUUAAAUUAUAAACACAAAUUAUAUACUAUUAGAAAAGUAAGUGGGAAUAGUUUUAUUAACCAAGUAAUGGAACAAGUGAAGAAGGAGAUUGAAGCAAAUCCCGAAUUAAGAAGACAUAUAGAUGAAUUAAAAACAAGUACCCAAAGAAAUAGUGAUGAUAUUUUUUUAAAAAUUAGUAAUAUAUCAAAAGAUUUAGGUAUGAAAGCUGAAGUUUUCUAUAGGAAUGUUAAGGAUGGUAUUCUUAAUUACUCAGAUAAAUUCCCAAUGAUAACUUCAUUUGGAAGAUAUAUUAAUAAUAUAGCUUUUAAGUUAAGUGAUAAGUUUAUAUUUGGAGUAAAGUAUAUUGGAAAUAUGUUACAUGAUGAUACUGUUAAAAGACGUGCACAGGAGAAGUUAGAAAUAUGGCGUAAGGCUAAUUCCCAAAAUAUUAAAAUGAAUGUAAUGGAUGAAAAAAUAUAUAAUUCAGAAGAUAGUAUAUAUAGUGGAAAUAUUAACUCUUUAAAUAAUAUCAAAUCAUCUAGUAAUUUAGUAGAAUCUGAUCAAAAAGAGAAAUUAGCUGAACAAUUUGUUUCAUCUGAGUAUGCUUUGGUUUUAUCUCAUGACUCUGUUUGGGAUAGAUUUGGGGCAAGAUUAAGAGAUAUGCCACUGCUUAUAAAUUUUUUUGAAAAUCCUAUAAUUGAAAAGUUAUUUGGUGAGACCGAAUUUGCCUUGGCUAUAAAAGAGAUGCGCAAAGUAGAUCCAACAUUUAAUACUGUAGAAUUUAUUGAGACUGUUGAAACCGUGAUUAUACCACAUAUAAUAGAUGCAUACUUAGUAGGUAAUGAUGAUGUAUUAAGAUUACACUGUGGAAUAACAGCAUAUGCUGCUUUAUCAGCUAGUUGCAAAGAACGGAGAUCAAUGAAGCUUAAACUUGAUCCAACCUUGUUAUUAAUACGUAAUGUUGAUUUGAAGGGUGCAAAGAGAUGGAAUGUAAAUUCAAAUGACUCGAAUGAAUAUAAUAAUUUUAAUUCAUACCCAUGGUUUAUAUUCACAUUUUCUACUCAGCAAAUAAAUUGUUUAAGAGACUAUGAAGGUAAGGUUGUAUCUGGAUCAGUAGAUGAUAUUAGAGAGGUAGUUUAUUCAAUGGCUAUUACUCGCCAUCCAAAUCCUUCUAUAAAAGGACUAGAAUAUCCUUAUUUGAUUUCUGAGAUAGCAAUUAUCGGAUCUUCAAAGAGCUGGUAA